CACCUCACGCAGUUGCAAUGAGUCCGCUACAACUGGUGACCGCUCUCCUCGCAGUAUCUCUGAUUGAACCGGGUCUUGGCCAGCUGCCCCGGAAUGGCUGUGGCUCGCGCUUCGAGUACCAGGGCUACCAGGGGCAGUACAUUGGUCUGGUGAAAGUGCGUCACCCCAUGGGCAACAACCAGUCACUGAUCCUCCACUUCUCCCAGCCAGGAUACCAUGAUUUCACGGACUUUGUGGGCAAAAUUUCCAUGGUGGACACUGAUGAGACGACCCAGAACAAUAUUCGCAAUGGCUUACCAAUUCGCUACCGUGUCGACUUCCCGAUACCCUCCAUCCCUCCCAGGAUCACUAGCAUGCAAGUGAAUGGCUUUGAACUUUGCGGUGGCUCAGAGUAUCCUAAGCCAAGAACAGGCAUUACUCUUGUGAUCAACUGGGUAACCUAUGGCGUCAGUCUUGUGCCAUCGCCAGGUGUCUAUGGAGAGAGCGAGUCCGCUCAACCCAGGAUACCAGGUGGUGGAGAGGAUAUUUGGAGAAGUAAUGACUCGCUGCCCACCUUCUCGAAUCCUGGAUGGGGUACAGCCCCUCAGCAGAGCACUCCAAUUCAAAAUACUGUUCCUCAGGACUUCAACACCAGCCCUAAUCGAGGUACUGCCCCCGAGCAGAGGAUAAACAAUCCUGUUGGGCCUACUGCCCCCCAGCAGACGAUAAGGAGGAUAGAUCCUCCCCAAACGAUUAGGAAUCCAGAAGUGCUAAUUCCGCAGCAGACUUCUUCAUCCGAGGACUAUCCCUGUGGACGCGAGAGACUUCAGAAGACCAGCACAACGCCCCUAAUCUUCCAGGGAAGGAGUUUGGAACGUGGUCAACUGCCCUGGCUGGUGGCCAUCUUCGAGCGGCGGGAGAGCAACGGACCCCGCUUCAUCUGUGGAGGUUCUCUGAUCUCGACUUCCACGGUUCUCUCGGCGGCCCACUGUUUUCGAGUUCCUGGCAAAGAUCUGCCCGCCGAUCGGUUGGCCGUCUCCCUGGGUCGCAGCAGCCUGGCCAUUCACUCUCCGGGAGAAUAUCGCGGGGUGACCCAGUUGAUCAUCCACGAAAAAUUCAACAUUCAGCAGUUCACUGAGGCCGACUUGGCGCUGGUCAGAUUGGAUACACCUGUGAGAUAUUACGACUACGUAAUACCCAUCUGCCUGUGGAGCCCCAGGAACCAAAUGGAGCUGCCGCAGGGACUCAAGAGCUAUGUGGCAGGCUGGGGACCGGACGAGUCGGGAACUGGACACACGGAUGUGGCCAAGGUCACCGACCUGAACAUCGUGAUCGAAUCGAGCUGCCGCCUGGAGCUGGCCGAGGUCCUGGUGCAGCCGAGCAGUCUGUGUGCCAAGAGGGCGGGAGCAGGUCCUUGUGCCAGCGAUGGGGGAGGACCACUGAUGCUCAAGGAGCAGGACGUUUGGGUGCUGAGGGGGGUGACCUCGGCGGGUCAGAUCAACGAGGAGGAGCGCACCUGCGAUCUAAGCAAACCAUCCGUGUUCACCGACGUGGCCAAACACAUCGACUGGGUUCGCCGGAAUAUGUGGAACUGAGAGGAAGAUGGAUUGUGCCAGAGAUCCUCAUAAAUAUAUGCAUUUCAGACACGUAACUGGAAGAUCCAAGAGUGUAUCUACGGGUAUUUCUAACUGGGUUCAUUAAUCAUUGGAAAAAAUAAAUGCACAUCUUCAAUACA